AUGGCAACUGGACUGUUUAACAUUUGCAAUCAUGAUGUCUAUGGAAGCCCUCCAACUUUUGAUUACGGUCCCAAUUGCAAUAUCAAUUUGGAACAACAUGAGUGUGGUCGCGAAUUGGAAGCCUAUUUGCGGAAAGAAUUCCCCGAAUUGGCUUCUCCUCCCGCUCACUGCCUUGUGGAAGCGUUUCUGAACUGCAGAGGUUCUAAAUGCCAUUUCAAUGCAGUGACCGGGUCAGGGUGGAAUCCGGUUCAAUCGAAGCACGCGCUGGACUUUAUCUGCGACCUCGUAACAAAUACAAAAGUCACUCCCGGCGAGGUGUUCAUCAUCACACCCUACAGAGCCAGCGUUGAGUAUAUCGAGCGUCAGAGGAAAGAGCCAGAAUAUUCGGCAAUCUCAGCCAUGGCGCCAGCUACAACCAUUGAUGACUUCCAAGGCCGCCAAGGAGACAUUAUUAUCCUUGUUACGGCGACGACAGCGACAUCUAUAUCAAGCCGUAUAUUUGAUGUACAUCAUCUAAGCGUCAUGCUGAGCCGCCAAAUAUCUGGUUUGGUCAUCUUCGGUGACCUUGAGAUCUUAAGCGAGUUUGGUCGACAGAAGAGUAAGGCAACGCAGGCUCAAGCCAAUGGUAAAUAUGUCAUUGCAGCCCGCAGAAAAAAAAGCCAAGGUCUGAAGGAUGCGUCGUUAUUUUGCAAUGUGCUGGAUACGCUGAUGGUACGAAGGCGAGUUGCUACUCUGCCGGUUCCGAAAUCUCACAAAAAAAUGGUACUUUUACCCCCAACAAGAAGACCAAGGGGCUCCGUCUAA